UGUCUGAUUGUUAAUGACGUCUCUGUGCACAGGUGAACAUGGACGUGAGCCAUUCCAUUCGUGAGCGCACCAUCGCCGAGAACAGUCUGGUGAUUCUCCUGCAGGGUCUGCAUGGCCAGGUGACCACCGUUGACCUGCGAGACGAGAGCACGGCGAGGGGACGUGUUAUUAACGUGGACGCUUUCAUGAACAUCCGGCUGGAGAAGGUUCUGUACAGGGACAGACGUGGACGCAUGUCCAGUAUGGACGACUUGUUCAUCACGGGCCGAAACGUGCGUUACGUCCACAUCCCAGACCACAUGAACAUUAUAGAGACAAUAGAGACCCAACUUGCAAAAAUACACCGCGUGCGAAACUUUGGAGCAAGCGGUGGACGCAAAGAAUACUCCAAGAAGAAAUAGUUUUUUGAGAAACUGUUUGUCUUGCAAAUAUAUGGUUUUGUAAUGCACACUAUUAUUUUUCAUUAAGUAAUGUAAUCAUGGAGCAAAAAAGUAAUGUAUAGUUAAAAUGUUGCUAGUUGGUGACUUAAAAAGCUCUGAAUAGUGUCUCUAGGAAAAGUGUGGGAAAAGUUAUUUCUGU